CAGGAAAGUGGCGCUAACCCGCUUGGACCCCACAAGGCUACCACUAGUAGAAAGGCAGGGCUGAGCUAUCAACGACAUCAAGCUCACAGCUCUACCAGACCACAAACCCAUCCAUCAUGUCGUCUCAAGGUGGCCAGACCGUUGACCUCGGCGGCCUCUCAACCCAGCAAUUGAGCCAGGUCAAGAAACAGCUUGACGAAGAGCUCGAGCACCUCACCAGCUCGUUCACCCAGCUGCGCGCGGCCCAGGCGAAGUUCCGCGAGUGUCUGAAUUCGAUAGCGACCGGUGUAUCUCCUAAAGUGGAGGGGAAAACUAUACUGGUGCCUUUGACGAGCUCGCUUUAUGUGCCAGGGACCCUAGCAGAUGCCGAAAAUGUGAUUGUUGAUGUUGGGACUGGGUAUUAUGUUGAGAAGUCAACAAAGGACGCUGCCAAGUUUUAUACUGCCAAGGUCGAUGAGCUCCAAACAAAUCUGAAGGACCUGGAGAGCAUAGUGCAAGGAAAAUCGAACAACUUGAGGGUGGUCGAGGAUGUUUUACGACAGAAGGUUCUCAGUGGAAAUGCUGGUGCACCAGCCGCGGAAUAAAAUUACAUAUUUAUUGGUUGAUCUUUG